AUGCGAUCCAGACGGAUGCUCAUAAACGGGCUAGUCGCAUACUUUUUCUUGGCCAUAGGAACCAUCCAAAUGUGCGGGGUCUCCCAGGAAACACUCGGCCUGCAGCUCGCCAGCUACAAGGACGCGCUGGGCACAUACACCCCAGCAUACAUCGACAAAAUGUACGCAGAAAUGCACAAGGCUUUGCACGAAAUAAGAACCAAAAUACAGAAAGCCCCACCAGCGCCCGAUCCCAUCAUAAGCUCGGCGCGGCUUAUAGAGGAAGCAACUGCGGUUCCGCCCGGCCUUAUAAAAAAAGCUGUAGAGCACACAGUGCAGAAAAUACUGGUGCUGGAAAAAGCGGCAAAGGCCUGCCACAGGAAGGGGGGCGCAAACUCUUGGAGAAGCAGCAAGGACUUCUUGGAGGCCGUUGAAAUGCAGGCCUGCGAGUCUUUUCACAGUGUGCAAGAAGAGUUCCAAUACAUUUUACACACAGAUGCGACGAUCCGGAUAAAUUUGGCAGUGCUUCAGGAGUUUACUUCUUCCCAGUAG